AUGACCAUAUUGGCCAUUACGCUUGCCGCUCUGCUUUUGGUGGAUAUGACCAUUAUCCUCGCUGUGCCGCGAAUCCGCCUUGAAGAGGGCUGGGUGGGGAUUGCUUCUGUCGUCUGGGUAACUCUGACCUCCAUCUACCAAGCAAUUCAGAACCGAGCGGUGGCUUGGGGUAAGCGGGAGGAGGAAGAGCGUCUCACUGGCCGAGAAGAGACUCGGCGCUCCCUGCUGGAAUGGAUUGCGGUUCUCGCUGAAACGAUUUUACUGGCUGUCAUGACGAUCGCGACUAUUCUGUUCACCGCAACUCUGAUCUUGCGUGCUUUUGACGCCGGGCUCGAAGUUCCAGGUAAGCGAUACUUGGUGCAUGGGGAUACCUACCAAGUUCAUCUCGCAUGUGUCGGAAACAAAACUGCAGACGAUGAUGCACCAACCAUUCUUCUAGAGGGUGGCAAUGGACCAGUCGAACAUACACUUCAACCCUUCAUUGACGAUGUAUACAGCCGUGGCGGUAUAAACCGAUACUGUUACUGGGACCGACCAGGAUUCGGAUGGUCCGACAACGCACCCUCGCCCCAUUCCGCGGGUAUGUCAGCCGACGUGCUAUCAGAGGCCUUGGCGCUUGCAGGCGAAACAGGUCCAUGGAUUGUCGUGUCCGCGGGAGUGGGCAGUCUUUCUUCGAGGCUUUUUGCCAGUCGCAAUCUUCUCAAAGUGUGCGGCAUCUUCAUGAUCGAUCCCCUCCACGAGGCAUACCUGGGAGACAUUGGACGACCUGGUCGUGGAUUUUUGCUCUGGCUUCGUGGUGUUAUUUCUCCGCUGGGGUUGGAUCGACUUGCAGGCGCCAUUUUACGCGGCCGUUCUCGUCAGGAUCGCGUUGUCGGACGUGCGGCUAACCAGUCUGGGAAAUACAUCAAAGCAAAGUUGCAGGAAAGCCUCGUGGCUGUCACCAUGACUGCUGCUGAGAUACAGUCUUCUCGUCAUAUCCAGAUGGGUCAUGCUCCUGUGGUCGUUGUGAGCUCUGGUCAAGAGGUUCGAAAGAAAUCUCAGUGGGCAGCGCGACAGGAGGAUCUGUCUCGCCUUACGAACAACCUUUUGUCGUGGGAUGUUGUCGACGAAGCACCCCAUGAAGUAUGGACUACCGGACAGGGAAGGGAGGUUUUGGAAAGACGGUUGAAGGAGCUUGUCCAAACAAGUCAGGCGCAUGCGCCAUGA